AUGUGCUCCGAGUAUAAGAUACCAAAGUCAAACCUGUGUAGAAUUAUUCAAAAUAACGAGAAAAUUCGGUCUCAGUGUAUAGAUGGAAAAGGAAAACUAAAACGAAUACGAUCAGCAAAAAAUCCUGAACUUGAAAAAUGUCUCUCGACAUGGAUAAAGCAGGUAAGGAAUAAUAACAUUCCAAUAAGUGGACCAAUGAUUAAAGAGAAAGCUCGAGAAUUUGCGAGUAAGGUCCAUAUUGAUAAUUUUUCUGGCAGUAAUAGUUGUUUGGAGGCCUUUAAGAAAAAACACAAUAUCGCAUUCAAAAAUAUUUGUGGCGACAGUAAUUCUGUGGACAGCAACGGAUGUAAUGAGUGGAUUGAAAACCUUCCAGUUUUAUUAUACGAUUAUUCCCCCGACGACGUAUUCAGCGCCGAUGAAACGGGCUUAUUCUACAAGUGUCUACCGGAUAAAACAUUUUCAAAGGUCAGCCUUGCCAUGGUGGUAAAUUGA